UUGAAUUAAAAAUGGUCUUUUUUCAUGUCAACGCCAACUGAUGGAUGAAUUAUUGAGAACCAGUGCACGUCUCACCCCCAAGUUAGUUUCAAUGCUUCUGUAUACAGCAACAAGGACUAUAAAGAACAACCUUUGUAAAUUAAAAAAAAAAAAGUGCAGUGGAAAAAGCCUCCAUCGGUCUAUUCACUUCUUGUUAUGACUCCAGGCUUUUCAUCAGUCAAGUGCUGCUUUUAUUUGCCUCCUUGGAUUUGAGUCGUGUCCGUCCUUUAACUUCAGGUCCCCCCGCCUUCGCUCCGCAAAAGCCAGAAGAGAAAAAAAAGCGAGCGGCGCAGACUCCACUUCAGGCUCCAGCAGUAAAGAAAACUGGAGCAGGCGACUUGAGGAUUUGGAGGGUUGCCUAAAUGUGAAGUGACAGGAGAGAGCUGCCUCAUGGUGGGACGCCAGCAAACCGGCGCCAAGUCCGUCUUAAUUAACAGAUUCACGCGUCCCCACUUAUUAACAAACCUGGGUGACGUGUCGAUUUCCAGGAGCUGUUCACCUGUCACAGCAAGAAACUGACACAUAAAAACAAUAACUGACAUUUUUAUUCAUAUCAGUCUCACUACAAUAACGACAUUGGGAGCGCGUUUUUACGCACGCUGCCACAUUAAAACCCCUGCUUGAAACCACGCCCAGCGCUCUCUAGUACACGGGGAAGUUGCUUCUAUGAAAUUUGGCUCGUUAGUGUGGCAUGUGCCGGAGAGGACGGACUGCGUAAACAGCAUCUCCCUGCCUGUCGCUGUCCUCACACUCCUCGGUGCCGCUGCGCUCUCCGUGGAGGGUCUCUCUUCAUCGAGGACCAUCCUCGCCAGCAGACUUGCGGGAAUCUGCACGCUCUCUUUUCAGAUCUCCUUGCCAUGCUUCAAAACUCUUCAAGAAAGUUGCGGUUUGGAUGGGGACGCCCGUGCGCCACGACUUCUUAAUAUCGACCCGUCGGAUCGGAUGUCCCGAUGAGAGAUCCAGUUGACACAGCGGCUGCCAUGGCUUACCAACCUUUCCAAGCUCACCGACCGGCCGCCUUGCCCCUGUCAGCCUUCUUCGCCGCCGCUCAGCCGCCGUUCUUCCCCGGGCUGACUCUGCCGGACCUCUCCUCCCUGUCCGAGCCUCUGUCAGGGCGCAGCGACGCGGGGCUGCACGCAGCUCUCGGGCGCCCGCAGCAUCACCCGCCGCGGUCCUCGAAGAGCCUGCAGCCGGAGGAAGGGCCGGCGGAUGAGCCGAAAGUCACGCUGGACUCGCAGAAUUUGUGGAGUGAAUUUCACAAAAGGGGAACUGAGAUGGUUAUUACGAAAUCAGGAAGGAGGAUGUUCCCACCUUUCAAAGUGCGGGUGGACAGCCUGGAUGAGACAGCCAAGUACAUCCUGCUGAUGGACAUCGUCGCUGUCGACGAGUGCCGCUACAAGUUCCACAACUCCCGCUGGAUGGUGGCGGGGAAGGCCGACCCAGAGAUGCCCAAGCGCAUGUACAUCCACCCGGACAGCCCGUCCAAGGGGGAGCAGUGGAUGAGCAAGCCGGUGGCCUUCCACAAGCUCAAACUCACCAACAAUAUUUCGGACAAGCACGGAUAUACAAUUUUGAAUUCAAUGCACAAGUACCAGCCCAGGUUUCACAUUGUGCGAGCCAAUGACAUAAUGAAGCUUCCGUACAGCACCUUCAGGACUUAUGUCUUUCCGGAGACGGAGUUCAUCGCUGUCACUGCGUAUCAGAAUGAAAAGAUUACCCAGCUGAAGAUCGACAACAACCCCUUUGCCAAAGGAUUCAGAGACACGGGAAAUGGGAGACGAGAGAAGAGGAAUAAGCAGUUAACCUUUUCUUCACCGCACGAGGGCCAGAGCAGAGCGGACCGGGACUGUGGCGACUCGGACGACUCGUGCGAGCAACCCAGCACCAGCGAUCCCUUUUAUUCCCCUCGGGAGCUGGUGAGCAGCCCUCUGAUGUCCACGCCAGCCGGUCACGAUGAGAACAAUAUUGGAAGUGAUUCAGACAUUGAUCUGCAAGACGAGGACGCCACUGAAGCCAGGACUGAACUUGCAUCUACUUUGAGUCAGAGGAGCGAGGAGACGCCGUGGAGCAAGUCUGCUCUCAGCAAGAGCAACGACAAUCAGGACGCGACGAAAGAAAGGACGACUUUCAGAACGGCUGACGACACGUGCUCUGUGGAGGUCGAUCCUUCAAGGAAGCGCUCGAGCGAAAUGAAAGAUGGGGUCCUGCCUCGGAUGUUGCAGGGCUCCUCAUCCCUCGGCGCUGCUCAUCUUCAGACUUUGGAUUUCUCGAGUGCGGCCAGCCAGCAGUUUCUUAAGCUCGGGGCUCCGUUGUUGCUUCAUCCUGGACAAUUGGCGGCCAAGCCAGAGGCUUUUUCCAGCGCGGGUGUGGGACAUCUGUUUUCUUCUUUGCCUGGAGUAAAUAACCAAGAAAACGGAGGCCUUUCGUCUCAGAGUAUCCACCCUCCAUCUCCCUUCAUAUUUCACCUGUCACAGCACAUGCUGGCAUCUCAGGGAAUCUCACUGUCGCCCUUUGGAGGAUCGUUCUCCUAUCCGUACCGCUACGUGGCAGCACCGGCCGCUCUCCCGACCUGUUCGGUAACAUCCACGCUGUCCAGGAACAACUGUUUCCGAAGCCCUCGGCCUUGGUUGCGAUACAACCCUUACCUGAUCCCCAAUUCUGUCACUACGAGCCAUAACCUGCUUACAGCCAGGUCGCUUGGCAGUUCAAACUCUGAGCUGUCUAAAUCGGGGAGCAGGGAGUCAAGUCCAGUGUCUGACAAUCACAGUCACCAAACCAAGGCCAAGCAGACGAUUGCACCGCCCAAAAACACUGUUAAGAGCUCCUCACAUGAACUGCAAAACAUACAUGACCUGGUGAGAGGACUUGAUGAACCAUUUUCUCCACAGUAGACUCUCAUAUAUUUAUAUAUAUAUUUUUUUUUUUUCACAUGAGGGACACCGAUCGAUGAACACACGAGUUAAUGAUGUUGCAUGUAAUCUUCACCUAAAAAUAAAACGUCAGAAACA